CACUUCCUUACUGCGUACGAUAGCGAAACUUACCUAAUAAGGCGCCAAUUACUCUCUCACUCUCUCUUCAUUUUCUCUCUCUAAAAAAAAAAAAAAAACCGUCUGAGUGGUAGAAGAAAUUCAAAGACUUUUUUACAUUUUUUUUUGUUUUUUUUGAUCGAUCACGUCGAAUUUUGUUACAAGUCCGUACACACACACACACACUUUCUCUCUCUCUUUCUUUAUUUUCUCUCACUAGACUACUUGAGAAAGUCGAGGAGGUCUGGGCUAUGGAUCUUGAUAUGGCGGAUUGUGCUUCCGAAGAACUUUCUCCAGCUUCCGUCUCCAAGAAACUCAAACACAACGAGGAUAGUUUGGCUUGUGAGCAAGGGAAUUCUUCUGGAACAGCGGGCUCUGUUAGUAGUAUCAAUCCCCUCAAGAGUUUCACAUCUGAUUCAAAUGAUAUGAAUAAUCUGAAUGCUUCCAGUUCUGAUUUGUCAUAUCAUGAUGAUGAGGAUGGUGAAGAGGCUGGUGAUGAUGCUGACUAUUUUUCUGAGUAUGAUGACUAUGACAAUAUUUCAUACAAUGAUGAAUACACAACUUUGCAGUCUCAAUUUGAUCAUGUGGAUUUGCCUACUGGAGUAGAAGUCUUACUUCCAUGGUUGAAAGAUCCAACAUCAAGUGAAAAUAUAUCAGAAACAAAGACCUUAAAUAUUUCAGAUCUUCCUGAAAGCAAAAAGACAGAAGUAGCCGCAUGUAGUUCAAAUGCUCAUGCUGCGUCAAGUUCUAAUAACAGAGUAGAAGAGACUGAAGAUGAUGUUAUGCAAAAAUUUCAACAUUUUAAGCACUUUGAUGUGGUGGAUGACUUUUCAGAUCACCAUUAUAGCCGCAUGGGCUUUUCAGAUAAGCAGCCACCGAAAAACUGGGCAAAGAGAAUUCAGGAAGAGUGGAAAAUUCUGGAGAACGACUUACCUGAUACUAUUUAUGUCAGAGUUUAUGAAGCGCGAAUGGAACUUCUCAGGGCAGUAAUUGUAGGACCUUCAGGCACUCCUUACCAUGAUGGUCUUUUUGUAUUUGAUUGCCUCUUUCCUACUGAAUACCCUAAUUCUCCACCGAUGGUGUACUACUAUUCGAGUGGUCUACGACUAAAUCCAAAUUUGUAUGAAUGUGGGAAAGUGUGUCUCAGUCUUUUGGGAACCUGGAGUGGUCAUAAUAAUGAAAAUUGGGUUCCAGGGAAGUCGACCAUGUUACAAGUUUUGGUCUCCAUACAAGCACUUAUUCUAAAUGCAAAGCCCUUCUUCAAUGAGCCUGGGUAUGAUAGGACAUAUACUGGAGCAGAUGGGGAGAGUAGAUCUAAUAAGUACAAUGAGGAUGUCUUUAUUCUAUCUUUGAAGACAAUGGUGUAUACCCUAAGGAGGCCGCCAAAGCAUUUUGAGGACUUGGUUGCGGGUCAUUUUCGCCAGCGGGCACACCAGAUUCUGUUAUCAUGUAAAGCGUAUAUUGAAGGUGCUUUAGUGGGAUCUAAUCUCAAUGAUGGAGCGGGGAAUCAAGUUGUUCCAGAUAGUAGUACUACAAACUUCAAAGUGUCUUUAAUUAGGAUGAUGAAUACGCUUGUCACGAGUUUCACCAAAAAUGGAUCUACAGACUGUGAGCAGUAUAGACUUCCAGGCUAAAAUUGUGUUUCAGGAACAAACACCAACGGAAGUCAGUAAUAUACAUAGACAUAUAGGUGAGGAAGGAGCGAUUCUUGAAACCUGCAUAUAGGGGUUGUGUCUUCCACAGGUGUUAAGGUUAUCAUUGAUUUUAGUUUUGGACCUUUUUCCUUUUAAGUACAGUCAAAGUUACCUUCUGGAUUCCAGGUAGAUGUAAGUGUAGUACUAUGACCUGGACGAUAAAAAGUUUUUAAUCAGACUUAAAACUGAUUUGAGCAUUGCUCUAAUCUAAAUGAAUGAAUGGUUUUCUGAAUAUUA